UGCGAUGGCGAGGAAUUUAUCAGUGAUCUUGAUCCUGACCUUCACUCUGUCAGUCACAAAUCCCCUUCAUGAAGUAGGACCAGCCACUGCUUUCCCUCAGACCACUGAAAAAAUUAUUCCAAGUUGGGAAUCUGGCAUUAAUGUUAACUUGGCCGUUACCACACGGCAGCAUCACCUACAGCAGCUUUUCCACCGCUAUGGAGAAAAUAAUUCCCUGUCAAUUGAAGGGUUCAAAAAGUUGCUUCAGAAUAUAGGCAUAGAUAAGAUUAAGAGAAUUCAUAUACACCAUGACCAUCGCUCUGACCAUGAGCAUCACUCUGACCAUGAGCAUCACUCUCACCAUAAUCACGCUGCUUCCAGUAAAAAUAGUCGGAAAGCUCUCUGCCCAGACCAUGACUCUGAUGGUGCAAGCAAAGAGCCAAGAAACAGCCACGGGAAGGGGUCUCAUCGAUCAGAACAUGCCAGUGGCAGAAGGAAUGUUUUAAUCAAGGAGAGUAUUGGUGCUAGUGAAGUGACCUCAACUGUGUAUAAUGCUGUCUCUGAGGGAACUCACUUUCUCGAGACCAUAGAAACUCCAAAACAUGGGAAACUUCUCCCCAAAGAUGUGAACAGUUCCACUCCACCCAGUAUCUCAGAAAAGAGCCGGGCCAGCAGACUGGCUAGUAGGAGAACCAAUGAAUCAAUGAAUGAGCCCAGAAAAGGCUUUAUGUAUUCCAGAAGCCCAAGCGAAAAUACUCAGGAGUGUUUCAAUGCGUCAAAGCUGCUUACAUCUCAUGGCAUGGGCAUCCAGGUUCCAUUGAAUGCCACCGAGUUCAACUAUCUCUGCCCAGCCAUCAUCAAUCAGAUUGAUACUAGAUCAUGUCUGAUUCAUACAACAAGUGAAAAGAAAGCUGAAAUCCCUCCAAAGACCUAUUCUUUACAAAUAGCCUGGGUUGGUGGCUUUAUAGCCAUUUCCGUCAUCAGUUUCCUGUCUUUGCUGGGUGUUAUCUUAGUGCCUCUCAUGAAUCGGGUGUUUUUCAAGUUUCUUCUGAGUUUCCUUGUGGCGUUGGCUGUCGGGACACUGAGUGGUGACGCUUUCUUACACCUUCUUCCACAUUCUCAUGCAAGUCAUCACCAUAGUCACAGCCAUGAAGAAACAGCAAUGGAAAUGAAGAGGGGACCACUUUUCAGCCACCUCUCUUCUCAAAACAUUCAAGAAAAUACCUAUUUUGAUUCUACGUGGAAAGGGCUGACAGCUCUGGGAGGCUUGUAUUUCAUGUUUCUUGUUGAACAUGUUCUCACGUUGAUCAAGCAAUUUAAAGAUAAGAAGAAAAAGAAUCAGAAAAAACCUGAAAAUGAUGAUGAUGUGGAGAUUAAAAAGCAGCUGUCCAAGUAUGAAUCUCAACUUUCAACAAAUGAGGAGAAAGUAGAUGCAGAUGAUCGACCUGAAGGCUAUUUACGAGCUGACUCACAAGAGCCCUCCCACUUUGAUUCUCAGCAGCCAGCAAUCUUGGAAGAAGAGGAGGUCAUGAUAGCUCAUGCCCAUCCACAGGAAGUUUACAAUGAAUAUGUACCCAGAGGGUGCAAGAAUAAAUGCCAUUCGCAUUUCCAUGAUACACUCGGCCAGUCCGAUGAUCUCAUCCACCACCAUCAUGACUACCAUCAUAUUCUCCAUCACCACCACCACCAGAACCACCACCCCCACAGCCACAGCCAGCGCUACUCUCGGGAGGAGCUAAAAGAUGCUGGCAUCGCCACAUUGGCCUGGAUGGUGAUCAUGGGGGAUGGCCUGCACAAUUUCAGCGAUGGCCUCGCAAUUGGUGCUGCUUUUACUGAAGGUUUAUCGAGUGGUUUAAGUACUUCUGUUGCCGUGUUUUGUCAUGAGUUGCCUCAUGAAUUAGGUGACUUUGCUGUCUUACUGAAGGCUGGCAUGACUGUUAAGCAGGCUGUUCUUUAUAAUGCCCUGUCAGCCAUGCUGGCGUAUCUUGGAAUGGCCACAGGCAUUUUCAUUGGUCAUUACGCUGAGAAUGUUUCCAUGUGGAUAUUUGCACUUACUGCGGGCUUGUUCAUGUAUGUUGCUCUGGUUGAUAUGGUGCCUGAGAUGUUGCACAACGAUGCUAGUGACCAUGGAUGUAGCCGCUGGGGAUAUUUCUUUCUACAGAAUGCUGGGAUUCUUUUGGGUUUUGGAAUUAUGUUGCUUAUUUCCGUAUUUGAACAUAAAAUUGUGUUUCGUAUAAAUUUCUAAUUAGGGUUUAAAUGCUAGAGUAGCUUAAAGCUAUAGUUUGCUCUCUGUAGUUUGAAUAGGUCAUAGGGAGAUGAGCUCAUAUGAUGCGAUCCAUAGCACUUAAGGUUAGUGGAUUUUGUGAUUUUUUUUUUGUAUUGAAUAUUGUCAUCUGUUAUGCUUAUAAGGUCAGUUAUGGUGGUAACAUAAAGGUACGUUCUAAUAUUUAAGUUAUUCUGUUUUGGGAAUAUAAGCUAUAUGUGCAAUUUACCAAUAGUACCAGUUUAUUGUAUAAACAAGAGAUUUGGCAUGACAUGUUCUGUAUAUUUCAGAAAAAAUAUCUUUAAUGUUUCUUUUUCUAGAACUAAUUUAAUAUAGUGAUUCCCAUGCUGGAUUUUAGGCCUCUGAAGAACUGCUGGUGUUUAGG